AUGCCCCUGUCCCCAGCCACGCCGCCCGACGUGGUCGCUGUCCACCGCCUCCUCGAGUCCCGCGGCCUUCCCGCCGCCGCGCGCCUCGCUGCCGCCUCUGCUUCCUCCUCGCCGCUCCCGCUAGCCGCGGUCCUGCUACACCGCCCGCUGCCCCCGCGCCUCGGCUACUGCCUCCACGCCCGCGCUGCGCGGGCGGGCCUCCUCGCGGACCGCUACCUCGCCAACGCGCUGCUCGCGUUCUACGUCCGCCUCCCGGACCACCUGCCUCACGCGCUCAAGGCGUUCGACGACCUGCCCCGCCGCGACGUCGUCGCGCACUCCUCCGUCCUCGCCGCCUUCCUCCGUGCCGGCCUCCCGCGCCGCGCGCUCCUCCAACUGAGGACCAUGGCCUCCGGUGGCUGCGGCACCGACGACGACGACGACGUCGCUCCCAGAGCGCACGCGCUUUCCGCCUCCGCCAAGGCAUGCGCCGUUCUGCGCGACCUCCGCGCGGGAGCCUGCGUGCACGGGACCGUCGUCGUGCGAGGGUACGGCGACGAUGGCGUCGUGCUGAGCGCGCUCGUGGACAUGUACGGCCACUCGGGCGCGCCGGGCGACGCGCGGAGGGCGUUCGAGGAAAUGCGCGCCCCGGACGGGAUAUGCUACACGUCGUUGAUAUCAGCAUUCGUGCGGAACGACUGGUUCAACGAGGCCCUGCUGUGGUUCCGGGCUAUGGUCGUCGCAGAUGGGGUUUGGCCGGACGGCUGCACAUUUGGCUCUGUGAUGACGGCGCUUGGGAACUUGAAGAGGGCGAGGCAGGGUAGGGAGGCGCAUGCGCAGGUCGUCACACGUGGCCUGUGUGGGAACGUGAUCGUGGAGAGCAGCACACUUGACAUGUACGCCAAGUGCGGGAUGAUGGUUGAUGCACGCAAGGUAUUUGACAGGAUGAAGGUUCGGAAUGCAGUUUCAUGGUGCGCCCUGCUUGGGGGGUAUUGUCAGAGUGGGAUGCACGAGAAGGUUCUCUCAUUGUUUCGACAGAUGUAUAUGGAGGACGAUGACUGGUAUAGCUUUGGAACUCUUCUGCGGUCUUGCUCUGGUCUGUCUGCAGUAAAGCUAGGAAAAGAAAUCCACUGCCGUUUUAUGAGGAUGAGAGGCUGCAGAGACGUCAUUGUUGAAUCCGCACUCGUGGACCUGUAUGCGAAAUGUGGUGUGGUAGAAUACGCAUACAGGGUUUUUGAGAGGAGCAGUGUCCGCAACAUGAUUACUUGGAAUGCCAUGAUUUGUGGUUGUGCUCAGAAUGGCCAUGCUGAGCGAGCUAUCAGCCUGUUCAAUGAGAUGCUUAGGGAAGGGGUCAAGCCAGACUACAUCAGUUUCAUUGGUGUUCUUUUUGCCUGUAGUCAUACUGGGAUGGUUGAGGAAGGAAGGAACUACUUCAACUCAAUGAGCAAGGUCUAUGGCAUCCCCCCUGGUAUUGAACACUAUAAUUGCAUUGUUGACCUCCUUAGUAGAGUAGAGUUUCUGGAAGAGGCUGAAGAUCUUGUAAACAAGUCACCGUUUAGAGAUGAUUCAUCACUGUGGGCAGCAAUUCUUGGUGCCUGUGCCACACAUACUAACCCAGAUGUAGCUGUAAGGGUUGCAAAGAAGAUGAUGGAAUUGGAGCCUCAUUUCCACCUGAGCUACGUUCUUCUUGAAAAUGUGUACAGGACGAUUGGGCGAUGGGAAGAUGCUGUAGAGGUAAGGAGGGUGAUGAAAUCAAGAAAGGUAAAGAAAGAGGCAGGAACAAGCAGGAUUGGUGUAAACAGACUAUACUUUUAG